AGACUAAAGAUAACUUAUUUUCAGUUUCAUCAUUCGGGGUGUUAUAAUAGGGUGUAAGUGUUCAGUAGAGCCAGAUUUAUAUUGUGGUUGAGGUGCAAACAUAGCCGGAGCUACCAUACCAAGUCUAUAGUCACAGACGUGCCUUGUUUAUUGAUACAAAGGAAGACUGCAAAGACAAUUUGGAUAACAACAUUAUGAUGCCUGGAAGCGGUUUGAAGCUCACUGUUUUGCUGGUCACCCUUUUUGCUAAUAUUUUUGAUGUCAUCAGUGAUUGGUUGUUCUAUACAGAACAGCUGUUAGUCAAAGAUGGCUUGGUAUUUGGACCAUUUGACCAUGAGCUUGUCAAGGCAACUUAUGUAAUAUGUAUAAUAGCCUCAGUAACCUUUCUGAUGGAAUUCGUUUUUGACUUUGUAAAAUUCUUCACGGACAGUGACACAGUGGAGCUAGUGGGUGAGAUUGUCACUGUUAUAACACUAUUGAUGGAAGAUCUACCACAGACAGGAAUCAACCUGCACAUUGCCUUGUGCAGGGAUUUAGAGGCGACCAAUGCAUACCAGAUCGUGAAAGCUUCGACAGCCAUUUUUGAAGUUUUGGUGAAGUUGAUUUUCAUUUGCAUUCCAUUCUGCAGAAACAAAUGUAAAACCCAAAAACGGAAAUGCAAGCUGAGGAAACCAUUGAAAAUUGUUACCAUAACACUUUUAAUCGUAUAUUUUGUAUUAUCCACUGUGGUGCUUAGCGCAACAACCUUUCACAAGUCUGACAUUAAGUUUUACAGUGAAGGUCUAGACAGGGAGGACACAGAACAUUACCUACAAGAUGUUGGAGUCUUUAUGAGGCUCCAAACCACACACCCUACGUUACCAAAAAUGGCGGAAAACCAGUGGAUGAUGUUGACACAUCUAACAAACAUAACUGAUCUGUCAGUUCCAACAGAUGGCUUGUUUCUGAGUGUCAUUUUUACUACAGUACCACUCCAGUAUAUUUGGGCGAGGAAACAUUUUCCUGGACGACCGAAAUCCUUAUCCUGUUACGAAUGGAAUUCUACAUCCUCAAUUCUUCUUCCACAAGAUAAAUGUUCAGAUAUUAUAUCCAGUACUACUAAUACUACGACAGUGUCCAUGCGCUUUACGUACGUGCCUCCCAGCACUAAUCAGCCCAUGGGAGAUAUCCACUAUAACUCAGAGAUCAGUAAGAAAUUUGACCACAUUCUAACAAACAAAACGGUGACAUUGAAGUAUUUCAAGGUCAAAUCUAAAGUAAAAGGCAACCUUGCUCUGACAACUGGGGACAGCGGAGGCCAGUAUCGGUUCUACAAUGAUCAGACUGACCUGCAGUCAGUACGUGAAGUGUGGAAGAAAAACUGUGCAAAUACCGGACGAGAAUCACCUAAACUGGACACGAACAUGUUAGCUAGAUGUGUGUUUUAAUAUUAGUUACGUUUAAUGGAGACUUAUAUUAAAAUAAUUACAAUAAAUACGUUGAUUACAUAUGUCAAAGACAUGGUUAUAUGUAAUUUAGUCAAACUCUAGUUGUAGCUAUGCUACAAUGUAUAUUUAUACAACA